GCAAUACCGCAUCUCCUUAUUGGCCCGUGCGUGUAUUGUUGCUGUUCAUUACUUACUGCUCGCCACCAUGUCGCCCUUCCUUCCAGCACUCAGAUCAGCCGCCAGGCCCGCCGCGUUCAGACCCGCACUCGCACUCGCCCGUCCGCUCUCAAGCACCGCCGUCGCCCCCAGGCCCCACACACCCACCUCCGCCAUCAACUCGUACGACCACUCGCCCUCCACCACUCUGCCAGACACCACCAUCGCCCAGCAAAAGAGCAACCAGUUGAGUCUCGAGACACCUAGAAACGGCGCCGAGUAUGUCCUUUCAACGCUCGACAAGAUUGUCAACUGGGGUCGCCAAGGGUCCAUGUGGCCCAUGACCUUUGGUCUCGCCUGCUGCGCCGUCGAAAUGAUGCACAUGGCUGCCGCCCGAUAUGAUCAAGAUCGACUCGGUGUCGUCUUCCGAGCGUCCCCCCGACAGAGUGAUGUUAUGAUUGUAGCAGGUACUUUAACAAACAAGAUGGCGCCUGCGUUGAGAAAAGUGUACGACCAAAUGCCCGAACCCCGAUGGGUCAUUUCUAUGGGUUCAUGCGCCAAUGGCGGUGGCUACUACCACUACUCGUACUCGGUCGUGCGAGGCUGUGACCGAAUCGUGCCUGUCGACAUCUAUGUCCCCGGAUGUCCUCCCACCGCCGAGGCCCUUCUCUACGGAAUGCUCCAAUUAAUGCGAAAGAUGAGGCGUAACAGGCAGAGUGUGCGAUGGUACCGAAGGUAGAUGAAGUUUUUGGUGGCGAAUGGAGAGUCGGGCGUGUAGGAUUUAUGAGAGUUCCGGGUCUCUUGUGAGGGGCAUAGAGAUGAGCUGUAGCUGGACGCUCGUUGUGUUUUAUUUCAUCCAUGCAUAGGAUCAUGACAAUUAUGG